CUUUCCAACAGCCAAUCAAAAGGGUUUUGCAGACGGCAGGCAUCUCAGCUCCAACAAGAAAGGAAUCAGAGAGAGAGAGAGAGAGAGAGAGAGAGAUGGCCGCUCUCACCAGUGCUAUAAUAGCCAUCGUUGCAUUGGCUCUGGGUUGGAUCACCAUCGAGAUUGCAUGCAAGCCCUGCCUGGAAAAGGGAAGGGAAGCCAUCGAUCGAUCCCUCGAUCCCAACUACGAUCCUGAUGACAACGACGAUUCUAUCCGUGCCCCUCUCAAUCAAGACCAGCAACACCCACAUUCGGAUUCCGAUUCUUCUGCCGCCAUAGCUGCAACUUCCACCACCAAGAUCGUUUGAUUGACCGUCUGCUGCUGCUACUAUCGUAGUUUACAAUGUAGUAGUACCGUCGCAUGCUUUUGAGAUCUUAUUUGGUUUUGUUAUCUUCUCUCCAAAGAAAUGGGUGUUUUUCCCCUUUCCUUGUACUUUUUUUUUCCCUAGUCUGUAAAAAAUGGAGAUUGUGACUUGAGAGGGCUUUAAGCUACUACGUCGAAUGCAUUAUCCAUCUUCCCUUUAAUUUCCUCCAUUUUCUUGAUGUAUGACUGUGUUGUGGAAAACCAUGAUUGAGAAACUUGGGCAGAACCCAUUGCUAAAUAGGUUGAUUGGUUUUCCUCUACUUUUCAAUAAACCAUUAUCUUCUGGGGUUCCUUUCACAGAAGAAAACAUAUGAAUUCAGCAA